AUGGGUUGUGUUGCAUCAAGCAUCGAUAAGGAAGACAGGGUUAGAGCUUGUAAGGAGAGGAAAAGGAUAUUGAAGCAUUUGUUGGUUGUUCGUAAACAAUUUGCUGAUUCCCAGUUAGCAUAUUUGAAAGCAUUGAGAAAUACUGGAGUGACACUUCGCCAAUUCACUGAAUCAGAGUCAUUGGAGCUUGAAGAUGCUGCAUUAGGUCCUGCAUUGCCUCCCUCUCCUCCUCCUCCCCUGCCUCCUUCGCCACCACCACCACCAAAUUUCAGCCCUGAUUUGAGGUCUCCUGUUCACAAAAACAGCCUAAGGCCAUCUCCAGAGGAAAUCAUAGACAUUGAUGAGGAUGGCUGUCCCACUCCACCCCCUCCAGUUUUGAGUACUUCAUGGGAAUACUGGGACCCUUUUGGUUCAUCCUCAGUACUGUGUGAUCCAAAGGGUAAUAGGUUGGAGGAGGAGCAGUUUGAGGAUGAGAAUUGGGAGGAGGCUAAUAGUGAAUUUGUGGAAGAAGAAGAAGAACAGGUGGAUGAUGUUGCUGCAAAUGAUACUGUUAAUACAAGUACAACUAGAAUCCUUGAGAAAAAGCAAACCGUUGACAUGGCGGAUGAUAGUUCCUCUGUGUUGAGCUGGCAUACCAAAGACACUUCUGAUUUGGCAAUGGUGAUUUGGAGUGGUAAGAAGACUUUGAGUGGUAUAGUCAGGGAUUUGGAUGAUUACUUUGUGAAAGCAUCAGGUGGAGGCAAGGAUGUAGCUGUUUUCUUAGAUAUCAGUGCCACAGACAAUACUUUCUCGCAGAGUAGCCAAGAUAACAAAAGGAAAAGAAACAACUCUUCAAAGGUAUUUAGUGCAUUGACAUGGAGUUGGUCAUCAAAAUCUCUUCACUCCACAAGGGAAGCGGUAGAUGCUACUUGCGCCACUGAACCCUGUAAGCCAGGAGCGCAUUGUCUUACUCUCACUAAACUCUACGAUGCAGAGCAGAAGCUUUACAAGGAAGUGAAGGAGGAAGCAUAUACCAAGGCGGAGCAGGAACGGAAAUUAUCAAUUCUGCAAAAGCUAGAGCAAGAAGAUCAUGAUUGGACAAAGAUUAAUAAAACUCGCUCUGUGGUUGAAAGCUUGCAAUCUGAUAUUCUUUCUCUUGAAGAAUCAAUUAAAAGAACUUGCUCAACCAUAUUAAAGCUAAUAGAGGAUGAGCUGCAUCCUCAAUUAAUUGCACUGACUUCGGGGUUAAAGAGUAUGUGGCGAAGAAUGUACGAGUGUCAUCAAGUUCAAAACCAUAUCGCUGAGCAGCUAAAUCAUCUUGUAAAUCAGCAAAGUGCAGAACCUACUACUGAAUAUCAUCGACACGCCGCAUCCCAGCUUAAAACCGAGGUCACCUCCUGGCAUACUAGCUUGUGCAAACUUAUCAAAUCUCAGAGGGAGUUUGUGAAUACCUUUAGCAAGUGGAUCCAGCUCACUGAAUCAUUAGUAGUUGGCCAAGGUAGUACUACCUCAUCUGCAGUACAUAAACUUUGUGAACAGUGGCUCCUCUCAUUUGACAAGUUACCAGAUAAGAUGGCACUUGAAGCAAUUAAUAGCCUAUUGUCUGCUGUUCAAUCCAUCAUCGCGCAACAGGAAGAAGAAGUGCACAUGUAUAAAAGGUCUAAUAAACUUGAGAGGAGGUUGCAAAAGGAAAUGGACUCGCUAGUUGAAAUGGAGAUGAAGUUUGAGGGUGGUGGUUUCAGCAAUGAAGAAACACAAUCUCAUCUGGAUCCGAAGCAUCCUUUAUCAGUAAAGCGCGCUAAAAUUGAGGUAUUGAAGAAUCACGUGGAGGACGAGAAAUCAAAGUACAAUAACUCGGUUAAAGUCACUCGAACCAUGAUUUUGAGCAGCUUGAAAACGAGUCUUCCAAAUGUUUUUCGUGCUUUAACAGCAUAUUCAAGUGCAUACUCUCAAAGCCUUGACUUGGUACUUAGCUGUGAAACUGGAGCAGAACCCAGAGAUUGA